CGGAGUUCUCGCCGCACAACGAAGGCAGAGUCGAGCGUGUUUAUGGUUUCAAAUGCUAUGAGACAUGUCCCGGAGACCAACGGGCGCUGCAUUUAUUAUUUUAUAAACCGCAAAUUUUAAAGUAACAAUUUUAACGAAAUAGUUAUGUAUUUGCCAUUUGAAAAGUCCAUGUGAGGUAAAGAUGAUGGACUGUGAUGAGCAGAAGUUUGACGCGUUGGAUGACACACCAGAGACGGUGGUUGCAAAACAGAAGCCACAACUGCAUGAAGUGGUGAGAACAUUUGUCAAUCUGAUGGAGAUCAAAAAGGAAAGUGACUCUUCACAAGUCGAGAUAACUCCAGUUCCAAUUCCGCCUCUGUCUAACUGCAAACUCAUGAAAGUCAGCAGCACAGAAAAGCCUGCAGGUUCAUCUCUUGGCUUCACUGUCAAUGGCAGACCUGUCAACACGCCAUCUGGAGGUGCAGAGUUGAGGCUGUGCUCCCAUCCUGGAGGAUCCACCAGUGGAUUCACCUCCAUCCAGAUUCCAGUCACUCUGACUGUCCACAGUCCUGCAGGGACGCAUUUCUUCAACGCCACAGGCUCCUUAAAUUCUUCUGUCACCUCCUCGAGGCUUUCACCUCCUCCUUCUCCUGGAGAACAUGACCCCUCACCCAAGUCUGACCCUAUUCCCAUCAUCACAGGUGUGGUCUCAGGCGAAGCAGCGCAGAAGGUUCUAAAUGACCACAAUGUGAACUUCACAAGUGAUUCUCCUUCACAAUGCGCUCCUUUUCCCUCUGGUGGGACGUCGCCUCCAAAGUCCAGCCUUCCUCAAUGCACACCUCCAGCGGUCCCGAAACAAAAAGGCCUCAACAGCAAACCAGCAGCCAACAAACUCCUACGAAAAGGGGAGAUUGAACCUGCCACCCCCCCCAAAUGCAAAGCCUGCGGCGCCCAGUACAAACUCGUAACAGAGUUGAGAGGAUUCAUGUGUUUGUGCAGUCCUUCCAUCGCUCUGAGCCUGAGAAACAUGAAGAGGCGCAGCAUCAACCAGAAAAGGAGGAACAGGAGCAAGAACCAGACUCAGAAAAACAACAAAGACCCGCAGAGCUCCAAUAAAGGUUUCUCAAUUUGGGCGGGACCCCCAGCGGCUAAAGAUGCCGCUCCGCCUCCGAAGAUUCAAAGAACGUCAGAUGAGGACUUCUCCAGCCUUACCUUUCCCUCAGUGUCCUCAUCCUCCCAGGAUCAGGAUCUCCCCAAGCCCACUACAGAGAUCGCCGAGGCCAAAAUGGUGAUCCUGUUGGAAGAUUUUUACUAUGGAAAGGAUCCCGGGCGAAGUGGUAGCCAAGCUGACCUCACAGGUGGAAGGUCUAGUGGACCUUUCACCUGCAUCAUCUGCUCCCAGUCCCUCCUGAACAACAUCAAGUUGAUGCACCACAUGCAGCAGCACGUGACCAUGAUGUCUAAGGAUGAAGAAGAGGUUGACCCCGUGCCCUCCUGCUCUCACUGUUUCCGAAACUUCCCGUCUUCUUCCAAGCUGCAGUGUCACCUGGAAGCGGUUCACAUCUGCUCGAAGUCCGUAGCGCUGUGUCGAAUAUGUGAGCUGGCGUUUGAGGACGAACCGGCCUUCAUGCGGCACAUGAAAACCACACACAAACCUGGAGAGAUGCCGUACAUCUGCCAGGUGUGUGACUUCCGUUCGUCCUUUUACUCCGACGUCUGGUCCCACUUCCAGGACACGCAUGCAAACACCAAGCAUCUGCUGUGCCAGUUCUGCCUGAGGGUUCUGCGCAGCAACAUCUGCUACCAGCAGCACUUUGCUCGCCACCAGAGGAAGCACAAGCUUAGCUGUGACAAGUGUCGUCUUCACUUCCUCUACGUGAAAGAACGCGUUGAGCACAAUGCGCUGUGUCACAAAACUCACAUCAAACCCCCUCAGCUCUGUGGACUCAAGCCUGGAACAAAGGUGACUGUGCGGAUGUACGCUAUGGUUGGAGGACCUAAAAGUCAAAACGGUGUACUGAAGUCGAUCACUCCAUGCAAGGUUGUAAAUGUUUCCUCGCCUCCUCCCAUUCAGGAAGCUCCUAAGAAGAACGCGGUCGAGGGUUUGAGACUGUCGGGACUGAAAACGGACAGGGCGUCUCAGUCCUGCAUCGAGUGUCUGGCCUCCGUUCCAGAUUUCCAACGUCACUUUCCAUCUGUGGUCCGCUGCUCCCUCUGCAGAUUUGUCACCUGUUGCUCCGCCUCCUACGCCAACCACAUGAUCAAUAAUCACACCACCAGCAGGAGAGCCCGGCAGUUUCCAGUCAUCUUCCAGCCCGACCCAAGGUUGUCUGAGGAAGUAAUAUGCGUCGCAUGCUCGCUUUCCAGCUUCAGAGGCGAUGUCAUAGCAAACCACCUGAACGAGAAUCCGUCACAUGGAUUUGCAAGGAUAUUAAGCAAAGUUUCAGAUCAAAGUGAAGAAGAAGCUAAGAAGUGCAGUUCUGACAGGCCCACGGUGACCCUCAGCGGGGAGGGAAAGUUUGUACCGAUCCACCUGGUCCCCUCCAAAGAACCCUCCAAACAGCUGACCAUCAAGCCUCUCAACUCCAACUCGAAACCCUCUUUCACUCCGGCCAUGACCGUCAAGAUCAUGGCGUCUCAGCCCGACCUGGAAAAGGUCGUCACAUCGCCAGACCUGGAAAAGCCGCAGACCUCGACCCUGUCCAUCUAUAAUCUGUCGGUCAUCCUGUCUUCAAUGUGUCACGGCGUCGCUCAGGCUUCCCGCCGCUUCCAGACACGCCCUGGAGUCAUUCGCUCCUGGAUCACUCGCCAGCAGCGCGGGCUGCUCAAGAGGAAGUGGCGCUGGAAAACGGACAAAAUGGCGGAGUGGGUGCUGAAUCGACGGGAGCAGCAGCUGACGGUGGGCGAGGACGUCCUGCUGCUGACGGCCAGAGCCACGCUGGGAGGGAGCUGCAAGCUGGAGGAGUAUUACAACUGGACGGUGGACGUCAUGCUGAGACACGACCUCGGAGUUCAGACCACAAACAACCACAAGCUGCAUCAAAUCGAGCUCAGCAGCCACUUCUUCCUGAAGACCCUGUUCUCACAGGUCCAGAAUCUCGCCGUUCCUCUUCACUGCUUGGGCUGCAUGGACGAGCUCCCGGUCUUCAUCAACCUCGACCAGUUCUCCAACCAAAACCCUUCAGCCUUCCAGCUGUUCACCUCUCAUCAGGAGAAGCCCGUGAUUGACAUCGUUCUCUGCGGUUUAUCCGACGGCAGCUUUUUGCCCCCCAUGCUGUUCUACACGGGAGCCGCUCUUCACGUUCCCGAAGGCUUUCCGGACAACGUCCUGCUCGAAUCUCGACAGCAAGGAUUCACGGAGGAGGAGCGCUUGGCGCUCUGGGUCCAGAAGGUGUGGUGUCCCAACGUGGCGUCCAAAUACAAGCAGGCUUCCAUCCUGCUGAUGGAUGUUCACCGAGGUCACCUGAGCACCGAGUUCCAAGGGAAUUUGUCCUCCUGCCAAACCCAGACAGCCGUCAUCCCCGCAGGAUGCUGCUGCCGCCUGCAGCCGCUUGACGUCUGCGUGGCACAAGUCCUGCGAGAUCACCUGAUGGCUCGAUGGAACCAGCUCGUCGCAGAAGGAGGGCUGGACGGUCUGGGACUGGACCAGCUGGCUCUGAUGCUGGCCUGCUGGGUCAGCGAGGCUUCCUUCACCCUGAACUCCAAGAAAAAGAUUUUGCACAAAUCCUUCAGUUUGACCUGCAGCCUGGACCACUCGGAGGCUCCGGGGGAGGCGGCCAGGAUGAUCACGGCUCUGAGCGAAGCCCUGAACCAGCCCCCCGAGGCCGAAAAGGCAGAACCGAAAGUGACACCGUCGCAGGUGAAGGAGACGAAGACGGAUCAACGUGAAAAAGAGGCUCCUGAAAUGAGAGAAAAUGAGGAAGAGGAGGAGCUUUGCAUCAGAAGCCCUUCACAUCUACGGCAGGUGUUUGAUGGGGACAGUGAUGAAGAGUCAUUUCCUGGUUUCCCAGACUGCUGAGGCUGCGUCAGGCUUUUAUUUUGAAAUACCGAUGAGCCUGGACCUGCUGCUGAGGAGCCUGUUAGUCUCUACAAACAUUCAAAAGAUGAAAUUCCAAAGGACUCUGAACGAAGCUGCUAAUUUCAUGAAUUAAUAUCUCUAAACAAGACGUUCAGAACUGACAUUAUCCAAUUUAAAUCUUUAGAGGUGAUGUUUUUCUUCUCACUGUUCCAGGGCGGGACCUGGCAGUUACUCUUUUCUAUAUGUACAGCUUAUUUUUGGGAAUCAUAAAGCGUUUGGGGUCUUUUGUAGCAAAUUAAUAAUAAAAAAACAACAACAGUGA